AUGUCUCAAGGCACGGAGUUCAUUCGCUUCGCAAGCAAAAACGAAAGAAGAUAUAUUAUGCGACAUGCCCUCGGAUUCUACAAUGCCUUAACACUGACUGGUCUCUACACGCUAUCCGACGCGGGCUCGUUCGAUGCAAACAAUCUCAACAACUUCAUCCCAGCCUUGAAACAUUGCAUUGCCACGCAUCCCAUUCUGAGUGCAGCAAUUGAAGGGCAAAAUACCGAGAAUCCAAGUUUCAUUCGGCCUGACUACCUGGAUCUUCGAAACCACUUGCACCUCCUUGAUACGCUCGCAACUUCAACAUCCUCUUCGGCCAAGCACAAGGAUGACCAAGAGUUGCAUUUGAUCACACAAGUGACAAAGCAGAUACACGAUCAACCUUUUCUUCAAGUGAAUCAGAAACCUCCUUGGAAAGUCUUCAUUGUGCCUCUUGUCGAUGAAUCCACACUGGUUCACCGAGUCUACAUCAUCUUUGCAUAUUCCCACUCUCACGGUGAUGGAAGGUCAGGUCUGGAAUUCCAUAGAACCCUCUUAGAGGGUCUCAAAACCGCGCAGGAGUUAUACGACUUGGAAUAUCUCUAUCAAACCUCAACCUCUGCAAUGUCUCUUCCACCGCCAUUAGAGGAAGCAGCCAACCUGACCAUCACCUGGCGAUACCUCUUCCUCAAUGUCUUUGGCGAUUACAUCCCCAACGCCCUCAACAACCUUCUUAAUCUCCAAUCUCCCGUGAACAAACCCCACGCCGCCAAUGCGUGGACAGGAAAGGCAAUGAGCUACGACAAAUUCAACUUCCACACCGGGUCUGAACUACUCUUAGUCAAGAACGAUCAACUAAAUGCGAUCUUGAGCAUGUGCCGACAAAAGGGAGUGAAAUUUACUGGCUUUUUCAACCAUCUCGUCGUGCACAUCUUGCAGAGUCUCCUUCCACACGUUGGAAAUGGAAACGUACCUACUCAAACUCUUCUUGGCCAGAUCGUCGUCGAUCUUCGACCCCUGCUUCCGGCUUAUACUGCAAACGAGAAUCAAAUGAUAAACAGCGUUACGGCGCUGUACGUCUCUGCACCGUCCACCUCAUCGGACUGGAACACGGCGUUCAAUCUCAAACAUGACCCUGCAUUCUGGGAGGAUGCGCGCAGGACCACGGAUCAACUUGCCGAAUGCGCAAGUACCCUUGUCGACCAACCGAUCGGGCUUCUGAGAUACCUGGGCUCAUUUCGGGAUUGGUUCCUCGGGAAAGUGGGUAUGAGUCGGGAUUCCUCGUAUGAGAUUAGCAAUGCGGUUGUGUUUGAUCCGCAUGCGCGAUCUAUUGAUUUGUCCACUACCACGGACCCGAGGAAGUGGGAUAUUGAGCGCGUGUUGUUUUCGCAGCCGGCUAAUGUAACGGGAAGCCCUUUGAACUUUCAGAUAGUUACGAGGAGAGGUGGUGAUAUGGUUAUUACUCUGAAUUGGCAGCUGGGUGUUCUCGGUGUCUCUGACGAAGCGGUGCUUGCCCGGAAGAUUCUAGACAAGGCUCGUGAUUUGAUGUCUGAGAUUUGCUGUGGUUGCCCUGCGUCCUGCAUUCAUUGUGAUCGAUAG